UUCAGGGAGGAUCACGCAUGUAAGAACGAAUACAGAUCUUUUCAAUUAAAGUAUGAAAUGUAUGAAGCUGAAUAAGUCAUGAUGUUACUGAAAUGGAACUGAAUCGAAUGCAAGUGUGUGAUGCUCUGGGCAGACUGUAAAGUCCUGGAUGCUAUGAGGGUCAGGCGGAGAUCCCGGGGGGCAGCCAGGAAGCUCUCUUGCUCCUUCUGGUUCCUGCUACUGUUUGGAGCAGGGGGUCUGCUGCUCUUCAUCCACCUGCAGGACCUUUCUGACAUGGUGCAACAGCAAGGACCAGGGGUCAAGUUCAGUGGCAUGGCUCAGCAGACGAGGGAGGAGCUCUGUGGUCAGCAGGACAGUGAUGUUGCGGGCAGUGCUGCUGCAGCUCAGAUGGUCAGAGGAGUCAGGCAUGAAGAGCCGAGCGCUGACAAUCCUGUCUCGCCCAUGCAGUUCCCUGCCUUCGACUGGAACAGACCAGCCCCCACGCCCGGCUCCCGCGAGCACGAGCUGGGCCAGCGGGUCACCAAACGGCACCGCAAACUCCUCAAGACCGGCCCGGUCAUACGGUCACUUUCCAACUUCUCUUUGUCAUCCUCCUCACUGUCGGACUCCAUGCCCGAGAGCUGGCGGAGGCUCUCGCGAAUCCAGGAGGCGCGACGGCGCCUGAUGAAGGAGGUGUGUGCCAAAUAUCGCAGCAACAUCUCCCGCACCGUCACACCCCACCACGUCAGCCGCAUCUACGUGGAGGAUCGUUACAAGCUACUGUACUGCGAGGUGCCCAAAGCUGGCUGCUCCAACUGGAAGAGGGUGCUGAUGGUGCUGGCUGGAGUUGCCUCGUCCACCCGCGACAUCGGCCAUGACGCCGUCCACUAUGGCAACCACCUGAAGAGGCUGGACAGCUUCGACCGACAGGGCAUCACCCGACGCCUGGACACCUACACCAAGGUCCUGUUCGUGCGGGAGCCCAUGGAGCGGCUGGUGUCGGCCUUCAGGGACAAGUUUGAGAGUCCCAACUCCUACUACCACCCCGUCUUCGGCAAGCCCAUCAUCUCCAAGUACAGAGUGAACGCCUCCAAGUCGGCCCUCAGGACGGGCAGCGGCGUCACCUUCCAGGAGUUCAUUCGCUACCUGCUGGACGUGCACCGGCCCGUGGGCAUGGACAUCCACUGGGAGCCGGUCAGCCAGCUCUGCAGCCCCUGCCUACUGGACUACGACUUCAUCGGCAAGUUCGAGACCAUGGAGGAGGAGGCCAACUUCCUCCUGCGCAGGACAGGCGCCCCGAGAAACCUGACCUUUCCCACGUUCAAGGACAGGAACCCCAAAGCGGCCAGGACUUCCACACACAUCACCCAGCACUACUUCACACAGCUCAACGCCUCGGACAGGCAGCGGGCGUACGACUUCUACUACAUGGACUACCUGAUGUUCAACUACUCCAAACCCUUCAAGGACUUGUAUUGAGGCGACGGUCUUCUUGGCUGCGUCUGUGCAGUAUAAGCUGUAAAGGACUGCUGGCACGUUACAGCUAUACAGUGUUUCUAUUAGUAACUCAUGCUAACUGUUUAAAACUACCAAGCUUUCUGCUACAUUGGCACUUCAUAGCAUAAUACACUCAGAUUACAUUGAGAGGAUUGAAACAGAUCAGGAUAGACCUGCUAAUUAAGCUGGGAUUUUAAUGUAUAGUUAGGCAAAAAAUCAAACGUGCACAGUUUUCCCUCUUGUUGAUCCGGCCAGACAUGUUUUGCUUGCUUCUUUGGGUUUGCACUGGAGCUACAAGGCUAAUGUUGCUAGUCCAUGUUCAUACAGUGUCUCACGCAGCGUCAGAAACCACAUAAGCAAGACUCAGAACAGUCUGAGGCAAGUGUGAUCAUUCAGGCAUACAGUUAGCAUGAUGCUAAUUGCAAA